AUGAUUGAAAAAGCUGGAGUGCUUCACAAGAUUGACUUUAGAGAAGGAUAUGCUCUCCAUCUUCUUGAUGAACUUCUUCAAGAUGAAAAUACCAAGGGAACAUUUGAUUUUAUUUUCGUGGAUGCUGAUAAGAAUAACUACAUAAACUAUCACAAGAGGGCAAUUGAUCUGGUUAAAGUUGGGGGAUUAAUUGGAUAUGAUAACACCUUAUGGAGUGAGUCAGUGGCGGCUCCACUUGGUGCACCUAUGAUAGACAUCAUUAGGAAUUUUCGUGAUUAUGUGAUUGAGCUCAACAAGUAUCUAGUUCAAGAUUCAAGAAUCGAUAUUUGUCAGCUCUCUGUAGAAGAUGGAAUCACGCUUUGUCGCCGUAUAAGCUAA